CACGAUAGGAACGCGAAGCGGUUGCACGCGAUGUGCGGCGCGAACGGAGGACUGUACGUCAAGGCUGGACAGUUCGCGUCCACCGCCGGCGGCGUGCCGGAGGCGUACGCGCGACGGUUGAGUAAGCUGCAGGAUGAGGUGGCGCCGUCGCCGCGCGACGCGGUGCUGAAAGUGGUGAGGAAUGAGUUCGGCGGUCGCGCGCCCGAGGCGCUGUUCGAGACGUUUGAACCCGAACCCAUGGCGGCGGCGUCGUUGGCGCAAGUGCAUCGCGCGGUGUUGAAGAGCGGACGGACGGUGGCGGUUAAGAUCCAGCGACCAGGGCUCGAGCGGUCGAUCGAGAGCGACAUAUCGACGAUGAGCGCGCUGGUGCGCUUCACCAGGCUCUUCUUUCCGUCGUUUGAUUUCGGUUUCAUGGUGGACGAGUUCAAGUCAAGACUGGAAAAGGAGAUCGAUUUCGAAGCGGAAGGACGGAACUGCGAACGGCUCGGAUUGGCGUUCGCGGACGACGCCCGCAUCGACACCCCAGAGGUUUUCUGGGAUUUAACCACUCGUCGCGUGUUGACGAUGGAGUUCAUCGACGGCGAGAAACUGACGAACAUCGAAGGGAUGCGCGAGAAAGGUCUCGACCCCGAGCACGCCGCGCUCGCACUGAGCGAUUGUUUCGCGCGCAUGCUUCUCGUGCACGGGUACAUCCACGGAGAUCCUCACCCUGGAAAUUUGCUCUGCCGCGCGCAUCCCGACGGAAGCGGGCGAACGCAAGUCGUGCUGUUGGAUCACGGCUUGUACAGCGAGCUCACGGAGGAAUCGCGCAAGGCGAUGUCAAAUUUAUGGAUCGCUAUCGCGGUCGGCGACAGCGUCCGCGCGGUGGCCGCCGCGAAAGCUUUGCAAGUGCCGGAU